GGAUUCACUCGCUACUUUUACCAAUUAUCUAUUUUCGUUUUGUAGUUUUAUUGCAAGUGAAUUUCUGCCACUACCACAAAUACAUGAAUUGGAAACCUAUUGAAAGUCGUGGUACGAUGCGAGGGUUUUAUACUGGUGAAUGAGAAUAAAUAACGUACACCACAUAAAUGAAAGGUAUAUUGCAUGCAUGUAUUCGUGCUAUUUCUUUUGCGGGGAUGCCUGUUGGGCUUAAUUCGUUUUUUUUAGAAGAUCGUUGGAGCAAGCCCGCGUGUAAUUUCUGCGUAAUGGUAAAGAUGCUCAAAAUUAAGUACGUAAGUAACAAAUUUGCAUGUCAAUGGAUGAAUGCUAGGCAUUGAACAGAUAGUAUUUGGCUAUGAAUUAAGAUCACCUGGGUUAAUUUCCUUACAGUGUCAUUCUCACUGAAGUGACCUGGGCAAACGUGUACGUUCCCCGUUUUACCAUGAGACUCAACAGUAUCCGUGUGGGUUUACUGUAUAUUAAUAAAAGUUGUUUUCAAUUUCCCCUUGAUGAGACAGCGUAGAAAUGAACCGUAAGUCGAGGAAGACCUGAGUUUAUUCAGAGAGGGGGACCGUAGGGGGAAAUGGAUAGUUCACAGACCGUGCAAAAAACGACUCGGCGGCUGAGUAACGGAGCAGACAGUUGAGAGAGCGCGAGCUGGACAGUGAGUAAACAAGAGUGACCGACGUAACGUGAAUGAAGGAGUGCGAGAAACGCAGUUGCGAGUCAGUCCGACAGAUGUGCGCACAAGUGUUCAUGGAAUUAUUUACGAAGAGUGCUAUAUAGAUGGCUAGAGGGUAACUGCUUUUUUUCUACGGGCUUUGUAUGAACAAGAUGAGUCCUAUGGAACGUGUCGCUCCCCUGUGGCCAGUCCUGGCGCUACUCCUUUUCAGCGUCGCCCCAGCGCACCCAAGCAAGUGCCCCAAAUUUUGCAUAUGUGACAACAUCCAGCUGACCGUAGCCUGCACCGGAAAAAACCUCACAGAGAUUCCUCCCACGAUCAAUGAGAUUACAGUCAAGCUGGACCUGAAGGGCAAUAACAUCCAGGAGCUGCCGACGGGGGCCUUCCUCCACACCCCGUACCUGACGCACCUGUCCCUGCAGCGCUGCGGCGUGCGCAGCGUGCGCGAGGGCGCCUUCCGAAGCCUGGGCCGCCUGGUCUUCCUCAACCUGGCCAACAACAACAUCGAGAUCCUCUACCAGGAGUCUUUCGACGGACUCACUUCCCUGAAGCAGCUGCUCAUCGAUCACAACCGGGUGGAGGAGAUCCAGCCGGGCGCCUUCUCCCAGCUGGGCUUCCUCAACCUGCUGUCCCUGACCCACAACCAGCUGGUCUACAUCCCCAAUAUGGCCUUCCAGGGCCUCCAGAACAUCAAGUGGCUGCGUCUGACCCACAACUCCCUCAACAACCUGGCAACCGAGGCCUUCGCCGGCCUCCUCACCCUGACCCGCCUCAGCAUGGACCACAACGAGCUGCAGUUCUUCCCCACUGAGACCAUGACCAGGCUGCCCGAGCUCACCCGCCUGGAUUUGGGCUACAACCCCAUGACCUACCUGGGGGAGGAGACGGUGGUCAUGGCCAAACUGACCCACCUCUUCCUGGACCACAUGUCCCUGCAGGACUUCUCCCACAUGGCGCUGGUCCAGGCGCCCCGCCUGGCCCACCUGGACCUGGGACACAACCAGCUGCGCGUGCUGCAGCCCCCGCUGGGGCCCGAGAAGCUGGCGCGCCUGGUCCUGUCGGGGAACCCGGUCUACUGCAGCUGCUUCCUGCGGCCCCUGCGGGAGUGGGCCCUCCGGGGGCGCGUGCGGCUGCUGGGGGCCUGCGCCGGGCCCCCCCACCUCUCGGGCGAGAGCCUGGCCUCCGUGCACCCCGCCAACCUGCGCUGCCAGAGCCAGGAGGCCAUGCUGAGGGCCGAGCAGGAGGAGCACAGCAGGGCCACCCCGCCCCCCACCCCCAAACCCGCCAGCAGGGUCAAGUGUCCCGCCAACUGCGACUGCGAGAGGGAGACCCACCACUCCUCCUGUGAGAACCGCGGCCACACCAAAAUCCCGCGCGGCUUCUCCCCGGAAACCAGUCUGCUGGACCUGCGCGGCAACCACUUCCACUACAUCCCCGGCAACAGUUUCCCCGGCGUCACCAAGGUGGUGUCCCUGCACCUGCAGCGCUGCAAGAUCCACGAGGUCGAGGGGAGCGCCUUCGACGGGAUGAGGAGCCUGGUGUACCUGUACCUGUCGGAGAACGAGCUCUCCUCCCUCAGCCCCGACGCCUUCAAGGGCGUCCCGCAGCUCACCUACCUGCACCUGGAGAGGAACAAGUUCAGCCAGUUCCCCAAGGCGGCCUUCGGGCUGCUGCCCAACCUGCUGGCCCUGCACCUGGAGCACAACGCCAUCGCCAGGCUGGAGCAGGGCGUGCUCCGGGGCGCCGAGAAGCUGCGGGGGCUGUACCUGACCGGCAACGGCAUCCACGCCGCGGCGCCCAAGGCCUUCAGCCCCGCCCCCGACCUCGACACCCUCCACCUGGGGUCCAACCAGCUGAAGGAGGUCCCCACCGACGCCCUCAGCCAGGCACCCAGCUUGGCCGAGCUCCGCCUCUCGGGAAAUCCAAUUCGCUGGGUGCCCGGCGAAGCCUUCUUGCCAUUCGCCCACAGCCUCAAGCAUUUGUAUCUGGACGGCAUGGGCCUGGAAAAGAUGUCCAAGGACUCCCUGGCAGGGCUGGGGUCCGGGCUGCGCAGUCUGCUCCUGGAGGGGAACCAGCUGGAAGAGGUGCCCGACCUCGGCCCCCUCACAGGCCUGGAGGUCAUCAACCUGUCCGACAACCCCCUGCUGUGUGACUGUCCACUGCUGCCACUGCGCAAGUGGAUAGACAAGGUGAACCUGAAGGUGAGGGCCUCGUGUGGCCACCCGCCUGAACUGCGGGGUCGCAUGGUCAAGGACGUCCACGUCUUCAAGAGCUGCCCAGGGGAGAGCCCCCCUCCCACACCGGCCCCUAAGGGCCCCAAGCCCCCAAAAUCCACCAAGCCCAAACCUGCCCACCUUAACGCCCCCAAAUCCAAGCCAGUCAAAGCGAAGGCCAAACCGCACAAGAGCCAGAGUCAGAAACCUGCAGCAGCCCCCAAAAAAACCAGCAAGAAAGGCAAGCUGCCGUAAUUCCACAGAAUGACCACCAGGGGGGAGCAUUUAGGUUUCUUCGCCAUUUUAUUACAGGGACAGUAAAUGUAGCCACAAGAACUCUUUCAUUCUCCUUCCGACCCACACACCUCCAUACAGAAGACACGCAGAGACAAUACACCAUCAGCUCUUUUUAGUGGGUUUGUAGAAAUAUAGUUAGAACUAAUACAUGUGCUAUUCUCCAAUAUCUAGUGUAACAGCAGUAAUAUGAAGAUGUAGCAUUUUAUCUACUUUUUGCCUUAAAAUGAUUUUAGGGUUAGCUAGCAGUAGUGAGGGCAACGUAUUUGAGGUAAUUUAAACAGUGCAGUAAUGCUGGACAAUUGGUAAUCCCCCCCCCCAAAUCAUCUUCAGCACUGAUUCUUUUCUACAGUCCUCUGCACAUUAACCUGCAGCUCAGACAGAAGUCAGAUGUAUACCUGUCACUGUUCAUCAGGUGGAGGUUAAGCUUCAACACGCAGCAGAGCCACAGUGUACCUGUCCGCAGGUGUGUUCUUCUGGUUGCGUGAUAUCGGAUGGGCACUUUCUCAAUGUUCUCAUCUACUUGUUAGGCGAAGAAGGAUUUCAUAAUAAAUCAGUACUCUUGCCCUCAGAAACUGGACAGAUUCGAAAAAUGCAUUAACAGGCCAAAGAUAUACAUUUGUAAAAGAGGAAACCACUUAAAGGUUUGAGAGUGAACAAAUUCCUGUAGAAUUACACAUUCCAAAAGUAGUUGUGGAGUUUAGAAAACAUUUGGAGCGCACAGACUUCACUCCCAGACAACGUUCCCGGAACCUACUUCAGACUGGGAAAAAGGGCUAUCUGGGAUGCUUUGAGAACCUCGUUUUAAAAAUUACCCAUAAUCUUGGGUAAACCAUGUUGGUGAGAGACGGAGAGACAGAAAAACACCUAAUUCAAGGUGAAGGAUAUUUGGUUCCUUCCAUUAUUAAUUCUUACCGCAAUACCAAGGAUUCCCACCAGAUGUCUCCAGUGAAACUGGGUGGAUUUUAUUAACAGGAUGUGCUGCACUUUCAGCCAAAUUACUUGUGUGGAGUAACUAAUUCAUAGCCCUGUGUGUUAAAUGAUAUGUACAACAAAGACAAGAACAGUACUAUUGAUAUAGAAAAAUAACAAAUAAAAUUUGAUACAACAUG